AUGAAUAUGAACAUGGAUCCAGGCGCGAUGAGUCCGUGGUUCACGCCACCCGAGGGUGACUACCCAUCCAUCAAUACACCAGCUUCACAUAUGCACAACAACAACAGUGGGCCAGGGUUUCAGACGACAGCUCCAGGAUCAUCCAGUGGAAUUAACGGCACGGUGGUCUCUUCGACUGGCUAUUAUGACGACGAGGACACAGACGAGUUCGCUAACGAGCCGCCGCUGUUAGAAGAACUUGGAAUUAAUUUCGAUCAUAUUUGGGCCAAGACUGUGUCCGUGCUACUUCCGACGAAGCAGAUCAACGAGCAUAUUCUUGACGACGCAGAUCUGGCAGGACCUCUUGUCUUUUGCUUUCUUUUUGGAAUGUGUCUACUGCUGGCUGCUAAAGUUCACUUUGGAUAUAUUUACGGGUUUGGAGUGCUGUCGUGCAUUUUUGUGUAUUUGUUAAUGAAUUUACUGUCACCGGAACGAACGAUUGAUAUCUACCGGGUCUGCUCUGUGCUUGGCUACUGCUUGCUGCCAAUUAUCGGCUUGGCAGCGAUAAACAUUGUGGUUUCAGUGAAGGAUCUUGGAAUGGUCGGCUUUUUCCUCGCUAGUGUCUGCACGCUCUGGAGUACGCACACAGCAUCCCGAUUUUUUGAGAAAGCGCUGUACAUGACGGAGCAGAAGUACCUCGUGAUGUAUCCGACCAUGCUGGUGUAUGCGUGUUUCGUUCUCAUUACUGUAUUUUAA